AUCCAAGCAUGUAUUGUUAUUUGACCUUUCAGUUUGUGACAUAGCAGAAUUUAAGUAAAUAGCGUGUUACAAAGGCCAUGUAUUUGAAACGUCAUAAUCAAGCUGUCGGCAGUGGUUYUGUCAUUUUGACUGGCAGGACUAGUUCACACAAACUGUCUCAGCGUCUAGAGAUUCAUUGCGGUGAGCUUUCGUGGUUGAAAAGUGCAACUCUUUGUGGAACUUGAGAACAAAGCCGAUUACAACAGUAGCCGCUAUUGUUGUGGCAAGGUUAUCCAACAAUCAAAAAUGACUUUACCGUCGUGUUGUUUAUGCAAUUCGAGGCGGCCAAAUAAACCACCACACAAGCAAGAUGGACCCUGGUCCUUCCUCGUGGUUACGUGUACUUUCUUCCAAUCGUGGUUGUUCAUUGGGUCAGCGCGGGCCUAUGGUGUUUACCUUCCUGUUUUGAUGAAGGAGUUCAAUGAAGGACGCGAUAAAAUAGCUUUGGUAGGUUCACUUGCCAUUGGACUUCGGUUUCUUUUAACAGUAAUGGUAACCUGGCUAAACUCGUUUAUUGACUCCAGAAUACUGAAUGGAGUUGGUCAUUUGUCAUUGGUUAUAGCUUUCACUGUAUCAUCGUUUAUCCAGAGAGUAGAGUUACUGUACUUAACUUAUAGUAUUUUCUAUGCCAUGGGGAUGUCCUUUGUUCUCUCAACAAAUAUCCUUGUAAUUGUAAAAUACUUCAGAAAACAUCGUUCACUCGCCCAAGGGCUGAAUAGCUCGGGUGGUGCCCUCGGCAUUAUGACGGUUCCCAACAUUUUGCAGUAUUUGUUGGAUUCUGUGGGAUGGAGAAACGCACUCCGUCUUCAAACAGCUGCUGUAGUUAUCUCAGGCCUACUCUGUUUGAUGUUCAGUCCCAAUGUGGAAAAUGAAAGUCAUGGCAAUCAAGAUGCUACUGAAAGAUCGAGCGAGGCCGGCGUUGCCAAUAAUAAAGGUGAUAUAAAUGAGGAUCAUGUUGUUGACUCCAAGAAUCCCGAACAAAGUACUGGCUGUAAUACUAGUGGCUCUGGUUGUCAAAGCCAAAAGAAUAACAAUGUUGAGCAACCUGAACACAUUCAAAGUCAAAGCAAGGAUAAAGAUGUCAACGAUCUUGGAGAAGAGGACAAAGAGACUCGUGAAAGCAUCGUCGAAGAUGCAAGUAAACGAGAUAUUGAGGAAAAUGCAGCACUACUUCAAGAUCACGUGGAAAAAAUGACCGCUGAAAGUCAACCUAAAGAUCGCAAGGUUUCCAGUUUGAGAGCUAUGUUUGAUUUAUCCGUGUGGAGAGUUCCAAUGUUCACUGUUUCCGUUAUCUCGAAUUGUCUUGCCUCAUUUUCUUUGUUCAGUGUCUCUGUUCACUUGGUCAAGUUUUCAGAAGAGGUAGGAUUAUCGGCCACAAGUGCAUCMAGCUUAUAUACCUUCUUGGGUUUGGCAUCGUUAAUAGCAAGGAUCGUCGCUGGUAAACUCUGYGACAUAUCAUGCAUUAAACCCAAURUGGUUAAUAUGGUGUCAGAACUGAUUGGUGCUAUGGCUACAUUUCUUCUAACUCUUAGCACAAGCUAUGUUCAUCUAGCAAUCUUGAUAUUCAUUUAUGGAUUUGCUGAUGGUAUGUUUCGAACAAGCACUGUUGUGCUCUUAACGACGACUGUGGAAAGAUCAAAGUCCGGUUCAGCGUUUGGUCAAGGAAAUUCUAUUGUCGCUCCUUUUUAUGCUGCUGGUCCAGCUAUUACAGGGCUACUUGCGGAUGAUUUCGGAGAAUACACCAAGGCGUUCUAUGUGAAUGGAUGUGUUCUUAUUGCAUCAGCCGCUGUACACCUAAUACCGAUAUUGUUUAGGUGCCGUCAARGUUCAAAUAACUUUACUUUGGCUCACGUCGAGAUGAGUCCUGUUCAAGACAACUGUAAUGCAAAUAGCAACUAAGUUGCYAUUCAAACAUCGACGUCAAUCCUAGUUUUAUCGAGGAUUGAUGAUCUUAAUGAAUUAGUGAUUUUUAUAUUAUCAUAGAUAGAAACAACACAUAGAGGUAUAAACAAACACAGGAAGAUAGAUAGUGUUUUAUUAACUACAUUCAACUAUCUUAUAUCAAAUGGCGCAUAUCAACUACAUGCAUGCCGGGAAUGAAUUAAGAAUUGUCAUUUUAACACAGAUUACAGUAURUAWUUUUUGCAUUAAAAUGCCAAASCAAUCMWUCGAGAUCACCAUUUUGUCCUGAUCUGUCUGCCUGUUCAGUGUCAUCUUUUCUUUCCACUUUCAGAUUUCCAAACAAGCAUUUUUCCAUCUCACUAUCCUUUGACCUAUUUACUAAAUAUCCUUUUAUUCCAACCAAAGCAAUAUAYCUACAAGUACUUACUGUUUUAGCACAGAAUUAUUAUAUCAUUAUUUAUAUAUAAUAUGAAUAUAG